UUUAUCUACUUUGUCUAUUAAACGUCACUGAAAUAAUGAAAUAAUACGACUGACGUCAACAUUGUUUUCUUUUAAAUUUUCGUUCUUAAUUUUAUUUUGUUAAAUUAGUUAUAGAUGACUGUGUGGUAAAGGAUAAAGCUAUUUGCUUUGUAUCAUUUAUUUUUUUGAUAUGUUAUAUUGACAUUUUAGUUAAUGAGUUAUGUCGAGAAUACGAGGUAUAGAGGCUAAAGUGCUAAAAAUACACAAGGACUACAAGGAUUCUUUACUCAACUUAGAAACUCGGAAAAAUAAGAGCAAUAAAUCGAGUAAAAAGAAAAACGAAUCUUCGUUAAGUUACAAAAAUGACGUAGAAAAGCUCCAAAUAAAUGAGUUGUUGUAUAAACUGCCAAAGCUAGACGCAAUAUUCGACGUACAUCGUAAAAUUGGCGAGGGAACUUUCAGCUCUGUCUAUCUGGGUUCUUUAAAACAACACUCAGGACUAUCCGAUGCACAAAAGCCAUGGUUCGCAAUAAAGCAUUUGGUGCCCACCGCGCAUCCGGCACGGAUCGAGCACGAGCUGAGAUGUCUUCAAGAUAUGGGUGGGAAACAUAAUGUAAUAGGAGUCGAACUGUGUCUACGGCAUCUUGACACUAUUGUAUUUGUGAUGCCUUACAUACCUCAUAAAAAGUUUUCUGAAUAUGUUGGUGAUAUGGAUGCUGAGGAGGUGCGGCAAUACAUGCGGGCACUAAUGGUGGCUUUGCGUCAUGUGCACUCAUUUGGUGUGAUUCACAGAGAUGUUAAGCCCAGUAACUUUCUGUAUGAUAGAGAAAAUAAAAGGUACUUAUUGGUAGACUUUGGUCUAGCGCAGCGCGUCUGGACGCGCGAGGAACCCCCCGCCGCGUUGCCGCCGCCCGCGCACUCCGCCACAGUGCCUUGCAAGCGACCCCGGGACGAGGAUGACUCGAUCCCAAACGCUAAGAGGAUGGCCUUAGAUUUGUCCGUUCGUGCGAAGUGCAACAAUGUCUCCGCCUCUGCGCCAAAACGACCAGUCUUACCAAAGGUGCAAAUUCCGAGACAGAUCAUAACAAAGAACCCCCCGCCGGCGCACGCGGGCGAGCGCUGCCCGUGCGCGUGCGCCAACGUGGGCGGCGUGUGCGGCGCGUGCGCGACGCGCGUGGCUGCGCGGGCUCCGCGCGCCGGCACGCAGGGCUUCCGGCCGCCCGAGGUGCUGCUGAAGAGCCCGCGCCAGGGCACGGCCGUGGACACGUGGGCGGCAGGCGUGGUGCUGGCCAGCCUCCUCACGGCGCGCUAUCCGUUCUUCCGCGCCGGGGACGACGUGUCCGCGCUGGCAGAACUCGCGGAUCUUCUGGGUACUGAGCCGCUGCAGCGAACGGCCGAGGCACUAGGUCGUCGCGUAGUGACUUCGGCGCAGUGGCGUGGCCUGUGCCUGCGUAAGCUGGCGGAGCGUCUGCGAGGCCCGGCGCGUGUGGCGGUACCGACUCCGGGGCCCACGUGCCGACACUGCCGACUGCCUUCGCCGCAAUGUCUCUGUAGGGACGAGUCUAAACCAGCGGACGCCUUCGACGCGGCGGCGACGGUGGCGGGCUUCCCGGACGCGGCCUUCGCGCUGCUGGCGCGGCUGCUGGACGCCGACCCGCGCUCGCGCCUGUCGGCGGCGGCGGCGCUGGCGCACCCCUUCCUGGCGCCGUCGAGCUAGUUUAGUACGAAUUUUAGCCAAAUC